AUGGCGGCGUGUAGAAUUGAGGGACGUAGGGCACACUGCUUACUUUGCGCGACUAGUAAGACGACGAAGCUCUCGACCGGUGCCGCCGUGAAAGAAGCCUCUCGAAUCGCUGGCCUACACCCCAAAGCAGGCGGCGAUGACCCCGACAUAUCUGGUGAACUCUGCUCGGGCGACAUGCUCCUCGACGCCCUCGUAGCCUGCUCAGGCGUAACGCUCAAAGCUGUCGCGACGGCACUCGGUAUACCCAUCGUCUCCGGCACUGUGACGGCUCCGGUGGGCAUGACGGGUAUACGGUUAGAGUUUCAGGUCAAGUUUGGAAAAAGGGAAGAUGGCAGAGAGGUUACCGAGGACGAGGUUGAGAAGCUGGGGAAGCUCACGGAGAGGUAUUGUGUGGUGCUGCAGACGCUGGUGCAUAAACCACGGAUUGAGGUGAGGUUGGCAGGAAGUGGAGGGACCAAGGAGGAGGAUGGGAUCACAAAGGAGAUCAUGCAUGGGAGUAUUUUGUAAUGGCUGACAUAGUGGUAAGCGCUACUAGCUUUAACCAUAUGAUUUUGCUGCGAUUCUGGUCCACAAUGCAUAGUACUUGUCCAGGGGAUUCCCAGCCUUCUUAUUGAGGCUGUGUUGUCUUGUGUAAUGAACAGGAAGACUCGGU